AUGAUGCAGGCCCUAUCCGCGAACCUGCAGUGUAACGUACAAAGUGUUUAUGGAAUGGUGAACGACAAUUCGGGAAUUCCACAUAGUGGCGGAAGUUCCGCGAGCAAUUCGCCCAACCACUACGAGCGAUUUUCACCUCCAACUUACCUGAUGGAUCUGAGCAACCCUCAGGAUCAACGAAACCUUCCAAAUCUGCACCACCAUCAUCACAAUCCACACUACCAACAACCAUCUUCUUACCACGUCUACGGGCACAUGAAAAACAAACGCUUGUAUCAGAAUCAAAAUGAAAAAUUGGUUUUCGACAAAGUUGACUACGAGCGACGGAUUCACGAUAAUUCCCCAGGAAUUCUCUCCAAUCACAACGAGCAAAACUAUAAAGAUGGAGUGGCGAAUUUUAAAGAGAAUAUUAGAGUUGUGAGGUCAGAGCAGUCUCCGGAGAAGAAUUUUGAGACUGGGAGGAUUUCUUUCGGCAAGCGGAAGAGGAAAUACAGCGUGGAUAAUGAUUCCGAUGAUGAUACAGCGUAAUCUUCUUCAUCAAGGUUCAAGAUGCGACGGAAGAGCGGCGCUAGUCAUGAGGAGAUUCAGAAUCAGAGGGUUAUGGCCAAUGUGAGGGAAAGACAAAGAACGCAAAGCUCAAAUGAGGCGUUUACUACACUUAGGAAGAAAAUUCCGAACAUGCCGAGUGACAAGCUGAGCAAGAUCCAAAUACUGAAGUUAGCUUUGAGAUACAUUGACUUCCUGGUCCAGGUUCUGCAGUGUCCGCUUGACAAUUUGGACGGCUUAGACCAGCGUGUUGCUUAUUCGAUCCGACAUAGGUCGAUGAUCAGUCUCUCUAGCAAUCGCCUGAGGCGAAGAGCUUCAAAAAGUCAUCAGAUGUCGUAG